GACCCAGAAACAGCCUUCAUGCCUUUUAUAAACAGCCUUGGGCCUUCUCCAAGGUUUUCUCCUUCACCAUGGCUAAACCACCUCCUUCUCUUCCGUCCUCCUUCUUCCUCCUCGGCUCCCUCUUCCUCCUCUUCAUCUCUAUUCCCUCGUUAGCCCUCACCGACGCCGAAGCUUCCUUCCUCGCUCACCGUCAGCUUCUUGCACUCCCCGAGAAUGGAGAACUUCCCGACGAUCUCGAGUUCGAAGUCGAUCUCAAGGUUACGUUCGCGAAUAGCAGGUUGAAGAGAGCGUAUAUCGCGCUUCAGGCGUGGAAAAAGGCCAUAUAUUCUGACCCCUUUAACACGACGGGAAAUUGGUUUGGUCCUCACGUUUGUGGCUACAAUGGCGUGUUUUGUGCCCCUGCUCUUGAUGAUCAGUCCAUCACGGUCGUGGCCGGUGUUGAUCUUAAUGGCGCCGAUAUCGCGGGGCAUUUGCCUGCCGAGAUUGGUUUGAUGACGGACGUGGCUUUGUUCCAUCUGAACUCGAACCGGUUUUGUGGCAUCAUCCCUAAGAGUUUCGAGAAACUCACACUUAUGCACGAGUUCGAUGUUAGUAACAAUCGGUUCGUCGGAAAAUUCCCUUCCGUUGUCGUCUCGUGGCCGGCGGUUAAGUACAUCGAUAUUAGGUACAAUGAUUUCGAAGGCGAGGUUCCUCCAGAGCUUUUCAAGAAGGAUCUCGACGCGAUUUUCUUGAAUAAUAAUAGGUUCACGUCCACGAUCCCAGACUCGAUCGGUGAAUCCUCGGCUUCUGUCAUCACGUUCGCGCAUAACAAAUUCACGGGAUGUAUCCCGAAAAGUGUCGGAAACAUGAAGAACCUUAACGAGAUUAUCUUCAUGGACAACAACCUCGGAGGAUGUUUCCCCAGCGAGAUCGGGAAGCUUGCCAAUGUGACGGUGUUCGACGCGAGCGAGAACUCGUUCACAGGUGUUCUUCCGGCGAGCUUUGUCGGGCUUACCGGCGUUGAGGAAUUCGACAUUUCCGGGAAUAAACUCACCGGAUUUGUGUUGGAAAAUAUCUGCAAGUUGCCUAACUUGGCUAACUUCACAUACUCGUAUAAUUACUUCAACGGACAAGCAGAUUCUUGUGUCCCAGGUGGUCGGAAAGAUAUUGUAUUGGACGAUACACGGAACUGUUUGCCCGAUCGGCCUAAACAACGGUCGGCGAAGGAAUGCGCCGUUGUCGUGAAUCGUCCGGUGGAUUGUAGCAAGGACAAGUGUGCCGGAGGAGGCGGGGCUGGUUCCAAGCCCGCCACGCCGGUAAAGCCGGAAAAUCCUCACGAUGAAUCUCCCGUGAAGCAAAGGCGAAGCCCCCCUCCUCCGCCGGUUUACUCUCCCCCACCGACGGUAUACUCUCCACCACCUCCGGUUUUCUCUCCACCUCCUCCUUCACCACCACCUCCUUCACCCCCACCACCGGUCCAUUCUCCACCACCACCGCCAGUUUACUCUCCACCACCACCACCAGUUUACUCCCCGCCACCACCAGUUCACUCUCCUCCACCUCCGGUUUACUCCCCACCUCCACCUCCACCUGUUUACUCUCCUCCACCACCACCGGUUUACUCUCCUCCUCCGCCACCGGUUCACUCCCCGCCGCCACCGGUUCACUCUCCACCACCACCACCGGUUUACUCCCCGCCACCGCCGGUUUACUCUCCACCGCCACCACCGGUCCAAUCUCCUCCUCCUCCACCCGUUUACUCACCGCCACCACCACCGGUUUACUCUCCACCACCACCCAAACCGGUCCAAUCCCCACCACCACCGGUUUACUCCCCUCCGCCACCACCCAAACCGGUACAAUCACCCCCACCGCCGGCACAGCAGGUGGAGAGGCCCCAGCCGCCGCCGCCCAGCGACGAAGUAAUAAUAUUACCACCGUUCAUCGGCCACAAAUACGCAUCGCCGCCGCCACCAAUCUUCCCGGGAUACUAAGAAGAAACAUAUAUAUGUAUAUAUAAGUACUGAGUGACAUCUGGCAUGGAAGACAAAAGAGAAGUAAAAGAAGAAGAAGAAGAAGAUGAAGGCACAGAGGAAGAAGAUGAAGAAGACAACGACGACAAGAAGAGGAAGAAGGAGAGCAAUGCGUUGUAAUGGAAAUUCAGACAAGGAAUCUUAGAACUUUGUACGUUUCAUUACAAACGGUGUUUUUGGUCCAUCAAAGAUUUGUAAACUUUACAAAAAAAAGAAAAAAAAGAAAAAAAAAACGGUGUUCUCUGGUUCUCUUGUUGUAUCAUAAUAUUAUUAACUAUGGUUAUCUCUAAGAACUCACUAUUUUAUAUA